GCGACAACAAUCGUAUAGCCGUGGUGUGCCGAAGCCUGACCCGAUAGCCUAGGUACAUUUACGCUGGCGCGUCUUUUUAAAUUUUCAACACCAUGGUACCAUACCGGCCUCUGCCGGUGCGGACGUUCCCAGGUCGACCGUCACCAUUUCAGCCCAUUCCUAUCCGCAAAAAAUGGCUACUCUCAUGGCGUGGAUCAACGAAUCAAAAAGGCCUGUCUACGUGGACGCCGAGAAGCUGAAACAGAGGACGAAGCCGGCAGCGGCGAUGAGAUUAAUGAAGCGGAUGCGGCCAACGCAGAGGACGACGCAGCCGACGUAGCCAACACAAAUGGCGCAGUCGACGAGACACUCAACCCCUACCCGGAUGGCAUCCAGCGAGCGACAGACGUGUUGCUGGCAGUCGAAAAUCGCGAGGCAGCCGACGUGUUGCUGGCAGCCGACAAUCGCGAGGCAGCCGGCAGAGUCAAGCUACCGCCGAAGCUUUCUUCCAUCAGCACCACCAGGGGACGAGCCGACGCCGGUCAACAAGUCGAAAAAGAACACGAACACCACCACCACCGUUACACUCAGCAAACGCCCAUCCGCCUGCGAGAGCCGGAGAGUGCCGCAGUGGUUGUGGACCCCUUAUCCCAUCAACCGAUUGCCCGACGAGCUCGUGCUUCAUAUUCUUCACUGCCUCGACCAUGAUCCGCUUACUAUGCUCUGCCUCCGGCGCGUAUCAAGGAGGUUUCGGCGGAUAAUCUACGACCGGGAAAUCUGGAGCUUUAGGCGUGUCGGCAACCGUUACUCGGAGCUUGAUUCUUCUUCCAAGGAGGAGUCCCGCAUGCCGAAAGACUUGAAGGAAGAACUUUGGCGGCGAAUCCAAAGAGAUGGAAUGUGCGACGAAUGCCGUAUGCUCCGGCUCGGUGCUCUCGACAUUGACAACCCGGGCGCCACCUGGCGUCGAAGCCCUUAUAGGUGCCCAGCCAAAUCAAGGUCUCCUCUCGGACUUCAUUGCGGCAGCUGUAUUAGUAGCGGCAUCGGCCAUGAUUAUGUGCAUCCGUGCCUAGGCCGCCAUGGCUCCGUUCGUCUGUGCGAGCACGUCAACAUUUCGUGGGCCGACAUGGAACCCUACCUGUCCGAGUGGCACCAGCGGCAAGAUCCCCACAAUGACGGCGGCCAAGCCUGCCUCGACGGCUUCAGCGUCCAGUGCCGCGACCCCAGCCACGACUUCCGCUGCAGAGCCGAGGACGCUCCAACUUGGCCUCGAGCCAGCCUCAAGGUCAAAAAGCCGAUCGCGAGGGUGGUCUUGACUUUUGAGUGGAGUCCCCAUAGCGGUUCCGACGUCUUUUCUAUCACCCGGGAGAGGCAGGCGCCCGUAUCGGAAAUGAAGAGCAUGCUCCAGAGGUAUCGGCAAGGCGCAGCCGAUAUUCUAUUCCCCUCAUACCCCCAACUUCCUCUCCCCGAGAUGGCAUCAGCCAUACCGAAUCUUGGCGUCCGAGUCCGAAGCAGCCCUCGUGUUGGCGGCGUCCCGUUCGGCGUUGGCGGCGUCUCGUUCGGCUUUGGUGGCGUCCCGUUCAGCCUUUGCAUUCUUGAGCUCGAUGGUGAUAUUCGACUUGUCCGCUUCAACCUUUUGACGGCCUUGGAUGGCGUCGUCUCGUUCCCGCCUAGUUUGGGCAAGUGCUUCUUCUCUGAAGACGUUUGCGAGACUAAUAAUGGCGUCAACAAAUGACAUGCACAAAAGGAAAAACCAACGUCGGAAUUUGAAGCAUCGCAGCUAACCGUGUCGCUAGAUGCCGUGGUCGCCAAACGACACUACACACAUGCACUUGAUGCUCCAACAGAAAAUGUGGUGCUGAUGCGGCUCGGGAACACAACGCACGCGAAUAGAAAGUAUGCCUGGGAUUGGUAAGGACGGCCAGCGAAACCAAAUGGCGCUUGCUACAUACAUGCACUUGACCUUGGACAGGCGAACAAGUCUCCACAGGCGAACAAGUAUGAAAGAUAUAGAUGUGCCGGGAGAAAACGGUGCCUCAUAGAGAGAUUUCGAGUAAGGCUACUAGUCAUACGCUG